CGGCGGUACGGAAACAAGCGUCGGAAUUUUGUGGCCGAGGCAGUCCGAGACUCCGAAAUGGCGUCUGGAAUUGGAUCUUUAUGUGCCCCCAUUCUUUCUCUUUCGAAGCUUCGUUCUGUUAAUUAUUCAGCUGAUAGCAAAACUAAGUUUCUGGUCGGUUCCGCAGUUGCUUUCCCUCCGCCAUCUAAGAAGUUAUCAGCUUCAGCUACUGGGCUAACCGUUCGAAUUGGAACUGUCAGUGUCAAGUGCAAGGCUGCGGGCCAAACCCCGCCCAACACGGUAUAUCAGGGAAUUUACGGUCCUUGGACCGUUGAUCCUUCCGACGUUCGAGAGGUGAUUUUGUAUAGAGCGGGCCUAGUGACAGCUGCUACCUCUUUUGUGAUAGCUUCAUCAGUUGCUUUUUUACCCGAUACCUCUUCAUUGAGUGACACACUUAAGCAAAAUCUUGAUCUGUUAUAUGCCUUCGGUGGAGGAGGAUUAGGCUUAUCCCUAGUUUUGAUUCACAUAUAUGUUACGGCAAUUAAGCGCACUCUUCAAGCUUUAUGGGUGCUUGGUGUUGCUGGAUCUUUGGUAACUUACAUAUAUCUUGCACAACCAGCUGGGGAUGGCUUAGUGCAGUAUGUUGUUGAUAAUCCAUUGGCAGUCUGGUUUAUUGGUCCUCUAUAUGCAGCACUGACUGGACUUGUCUUCAAAGAAGGGCUUUGCUAUGGAAAGCUUGAGGCUGGAGUUCUCACCUUUGUCAUACCUAUGCUGCUUCUAGGGCAUCUGACUGGUUUGAUGGACGAUGGAGCUAAACUUGCUCUAUUAGGUUCGUGGAUGGCCCUUUUUGUGAUAUUUGCUGGAAGAAAGUUCAUUCAACCCAUUAAGGAUGAUAUCGGCGACAAAUCUGUUUUCAUGUUCAAUGCACUCGGAGAGGAUGAAAAGAAGGCCUUGAUUGCAAAGCUUGAGCUGCAAGAGCUUAGUCAGAGUGCUGAUUAGAACAUUAGCAAGACGAUACUCAGCAGGAGGAACUAUUGUCAGUCAAGGAGUCUUACCAGGUGGUAUGUCUAUACUUUCUUACUGCAGCCUGUAUUAUAAUUUAUAGUUUAUACAGAACGCUACUAGGAGCUGUACAUAUUAUUUUUGCUCUCUGUCUACCUUGGCCUUGUUUCGCCUUUUCAUCCGCUGGAACACAAAUGACUAAAUGAGAACAUAAACCCUGUUUUGUUUGCGCUCUGGAGAAAAUUAGCAAGUAUGGGAGGGAUUGUUGUUGUA